UCGCAACGCAACGCAAGACGCUUACCAUUUACCCAAAGCGCCGACUCUUUCUUCCCUCUCCCCUCCCCAACGUCGGUUCCUUCUCUUUGCGCAACCAUCUUCGAGCCUUGUUUCAACCCAUUUGUAUCUGAUUCAAGAAUUCGCGUUUGGAUCUUUGGUGGUGGGUGACUGCAGAAGAGAGAGGAUCGUUCAGCUCAGAUGCCGGCCGUCGCUGCCGCCGCCGUCCAAAAGGCGGCAAUUCCUCCUCUGCACUUGAAUGCUAGUCCGCGCGGAUGGACCAGGACCUCCGGGACCGUCUCCGUGCAUCCGAAGGCCGGUAAAUUCCUAUUGUGCAGCCUGGCGUUUACUUGUGACUACCAUCGGCCGGUAAGGCCUGUGUUAUCAACCAGCAUUGGGCAGCAAUUUCAGAUAUUCGAAGGUCGGCAGCCUCUUUUACGCCUGUCCCCAGCAUCGACUUCAUUGUUCGGCAAGGACCGGAGUAUGUUACCGCCGAGAACCGGAAGGCGCAAAUGCCCGGCGCCUCCAAAAGUGUACCUGGACUAUCCUUUCAGCAUCCCUUACCCUAAGAUCGUGAAGAAGCCGGAGUGGUGGUGGCGGACCCUGGCGUGCGUUCCCUACCUGAUGGCCCUGCAGGUCUCCGACACCGCCUUCUACUUCCAGCCCUUGAUGGAGCACUACGAGCAAUUCGAGUUCCUGAGCUACUAUAUCCCGGGGGCGAUCCGGCGCCUCCCAACCUGGUUCCUGAUGGUGUACUGCUUCGCCGUGUACCUCGGGGUCGUGCGGAACCGGAAGUGGCCGCACUUCUUCCGAUACCACGUGAUGAUGGGGAUCCUGCUGGAGAACGUGCUGCAGAUCGUGUGGUACGCGAGCAACUUCGCGCCGCUGAUCCACUACGGCGGCAGGUUCGGGAUGUACUACUGGGCGAUGGUUGGGUCCGCGUUCAUAUUGCUGCUGAUGGAGUGUGUGAGGUGCGCGGUCGCGGGGAUCUACGCGAACAUCCCAUUCGUCAGCGACGCCGCGUACAUACACACUCCAUACGUUAAGGGAGAUGAUUGAUCGGAAGCCGGAAUAUCAUAUAUAGAAGAAAUUUUCCGGCAGAGUAACUUUGUAGGAAGAGAGUCAUCAUGUCAAAUUUGAUGGCUUCUUGUGCUUUGUACUUCUCCAGUUGAAAGUGUGAAACUCCUUUCAUUUAUUUCCC